GCCGGGAAGCGUCGCUUAGGACACGGGCGUAAACAACACGGGAUGCGUAGGGUGCCGCUGGCGGCUCCCGCCGGAGAGGGGUUGGCUUCGCGCCCCCCGGGUGGUCAUGACGAGCGGCUGGGCGGGCUCCAGCUGUGCCUGCGGGACUGUGAAACAAAGAGACUGGAAUUGGAAAGAAAACUGUUUGAAUAUAGCAGAUCUGAUGUAUGCAGAGCUAAACUGAAAUAUGCAAAGCUCAAAAAAUACUUGAAAGAGAUCUGUGAACGGCAAAAGAAUGCUCUUCUGCGAAACCAGGAGCUUUUAAAAGAGUUUGAUCAUAUUGAAGCUCAUUUUAGGACCUUUCCAAGUUCAGAGAGACUUCAGAAAUUGAAGGUACAAAAUGAAAAAGAAAUUAACAGUACGCUGAUACUUGACAAGAACAACAUGUUGAUAAAAGGUGACAAGAAAGAAGGUAACAAUAAGCAGAAGCUGUUGGUUGCAAGACAGGCAGGAAUUAACACCGGGACAGCCAUGUCAAGAGGAUUGUAUCAUCCAGCAGCAAUCUUUAUGGGCCGCCAAAUGUCAGCCAUCUCAAGCAUUGAAGAUUUCAGUACACAGCAGAAAUCUUCCCAGCCCACAAAGAGCUUUUCAAUUUCUGACCCACAUUCAUGCAGACAGGCAGUACAGAGCAGUAAUAUGACAGACAGCUGUGUAGUACAAACUAAUAGUGAUAUACAAUGCUUAAAUAAGUCUGACAAAAUAGAUGGGAAGACAUAUCUCCCGAUAGGUGAGAAAAUGCCAGUCACCUCCAGUAUAUCAUCUGAGAAUGGAGGAACUCACUUCCUAGAGACAGAAAGCAAUACAAAUAAUGGCAAUAGUAAUUUAGUAGAAAGCAAAAAAUCUGCUCAACUCAACUUCCUGUUACAUGAAAGAUUAAGUCCAGAGAACAGAACUGCUGAUUUUAAGAGUGACAGUUGUAGCAGAUCAGUAGAGGAAGUAUUGGCAGCUGAGCACUUUGUAGCAAAGGAGGAAAGACCUAAACAACAAAGCCCAUUGGUAUCUCCUCCCAAACAUAUUGUUUCUGCAAAUGAACAUCCAAGAGAAGGUUUUCCAGAUUCAGGUCAUAAUGCAGGUAACCUGUGGCCCACUGGAGACGUACAGGAGCUGGAGAACGAAAGUUUAGAUACCAGCAGUGACCUCACAGUUUCUGUGAGUGAAGAGGAUCAAAUAAUAAACGUGGCUGACCAACUAGAUGGCUUAGGAGAUGUGGAUAGCAAGAUGGCCUUAAAAUCUGUUAACUUGAAAAAAGAAAAAGGAAUCCAACCCACAGAAGACCAUUUUUCUUUGCAGACUGGUGCCACAGAUGAUGAUCCUUCUGCUAAUUCAACAAUGCAGGAUUGUUUAUCAUUUGAAGGAUUCUCCCAUUUAUUGCAGUUUAUAGAAGAUUUGGUGGAGAAAGCAGGCCUUGAAUACAUGACACUGUACCAACGUGGAACCAUAAGUGCCUCAAAAAUGAAGCAGCUAAUAAGCUUUUGUAAUCAAACUGAAAAUUUGAAAAAAGAAGACCUUGAGGCAUGUGAAGCAGUUGUCCUUCGUCAGCUUCAAAGAUUGCUACAAAGCACAUUCAAUGGAUGUCUCUUACCUGAGAAAACACUUAAUGACAGAGGUAGAAUUAUGGAUGAAAAGCAAGCCAGUUCUGAUCGGCCACUGGAUUUUGCCAUGUUAUGGGAACGCUUAAGCAAACACAUUUUAUUCCUGAAAAAACACAAUGUUUUGCUCACAGAAGAAGUAAAAGAAAUGUUUGGAAUUUUGCUGAUUUCAGAAAGAAAUUCACCAGGUGGCCAGGCUACACCGUUAUUGAGAGAGAUCUUUCCAGAAGAGUGUGAAGAUAGGUCAUCUAUUCAUAGUAAUGAAUCAUCUUACAGCUUGCCAUCAAUUCAGAAUGACAAUGGUGAAAUAAAGCAAGCAAAACAUGCUCUGUGGCUUGACAACACUGGUACAAGGGAGCAAGAAAUCACAAGCUGGUGUGAAGAUGAGAGCAAGGAAGAAAGCUUGGUAGAAAAGAUUCCUAUUACAGGUUUGAAUAUUGGGAACAGAGAGAAGACAGAGAGAAGCAACAAAAUCACUUCAGAAGCUAGUUUUUCAUCUAGUGAUGGAAGAAGUCCUUUAUCAAGGACUGAAAGUAAAAGGAGAGUGAUACCUGCUAUAAAAUCUAAAGCUUUCUGGGGUGAGUCUGAUGACAGCAACUCAGAAAUUGAAGCUGCUUUGCGUCCGCAGGCCCAAAACACACAUGCAGAUGAAUUUGAUGACUUCUAUGACUAAGACAUUUAGCACUUGUGGAAAAAAUGAAGGAAGUGAAUUUUAUUUGGUUUGAUAUUUGGCUUGAUAUUCCUGUAAUGUGUAACAUAUCUUCUUGGUAUUUAGAUUUUAGUUUGGCAGUACAAAUGCUGGCAAUAAAGUAUAAAGUCUUUAUUUCCUUGGAUAUAUGUUUUCUAUUAAACUGAUGUUUAAGAAUUUA